GCUUUAGAAAAUCUUUGCACCGAUUUACGACAUAGGUUUCUUUGAAAUCUUCUUUGAGAUUUAACGGGUUGUUUAAAUAAGAACCUAAACUUUUAAAUAAACUUAUAGAUUACAAAGGUGUUUAUAAUUUAAAACAUCAUUGAAAUUAUUGUUUCGAAUACAGUUAUGAGUCAUGUCGUACAAAAUGAUGUUCAUGGUCUAGGGCAACGAGUUGCUGGUCUGGACUUGAACAAGCAAAGCAAUCAACAAGGUUCGCGUUACAUACCACCUCAUCUUCGUGGUCAACAACAAGUUGGUCCAGCAGGUCCUCAAAAAAAUAUUAUUCCUCAAUAUUUUGAAAACCCUUCCCGAGGUGGAUAUCAGCAAAAUUUUAACCGAGGUGGAGGUGGAGGGUAUAACAGUCAAUAUCAGCACCAAAACUAUAAUGGUUAUAGCAAAAACACAAGCUAUAAUGGAAAUCAAUCUAAUCGAGGAGAGCAAUUCCUGUGGAACUCUGAGCGAGGCUCUCGCUGGGAAACAAAUGAUGCAUUGUCUAAUGCAGACUGGUCCAAGUUGUUGCCAAGAAAUGAAAGACUUGAGAUGGAGUUGUUUACAUCAGCACAAUCAGGUAUAAAUUUUGACAAGUAUGAAGAUAUCCCUGUAGAAGCUACUGGAAGCAACACUCCAAAGAGCAUAGAGACAUUUGAUGAAGCAAAUCUUGGAGAAAUUAUUCUCACUAACAUAUCAUUAGCACAUUAUACCAAACCAACUCCUGUUCAAAAGAAUUCUAUUCCAAUUAUUAAAGCAAAAAGAGAUCUGAUGGCAUGUGCUCAAACAGGAUCUGGAAAAACAGCAGCUUUCUUAGUACCAAUUCUCAGUCGAAUAUUUGAAGAAGGACCAUUUGAAAAUCCUUCAAAUGUUCGUCAAGGUGGCAAAAAGAAGCAGUAUCCAAUUGCAUUAGUUUUAGCUCCUACAAGAGAGCUAGCAUCCCAAAUAUAUGAUGAAUCCAGAAAAUUUGUAUAUCGCUCGUGCAUACGCCCAUGUGUUGUUUAUGGUGGAGCUGAUGUAAGCACUCAAAUGCGUGAUAUUGAUCGUGGGUGCCAUUUGCUAGUAGCGACCCCAGGUCGUUUAGUAGACAUGAUUCAGCGUGGAAAAGUUGGUCUUGAAUGUAUUAAGUUUCUUGUAUUAGAUGAAGCUGAUAGAAUGCUAGACAUGGGAUUUGAACCACAAAUAAGAGAAAUUGUUGAGAAAUGUGACAUGCCAAGAACUGGUGAACGACAAACUCUGAUGUUUAGUGCUACUUUUCCUAAAGAAAUUCAGAUGUUAGCCAGAGAUUUCUUGGAUAAUUAUAUAUUUUUGGCUGUUGGUCGUGUUGGUUCAACCAGCGAAAAUAUUACACAAAAGGUGGUUUGGGUUGAGGAACAUGAUAAAAGAGAAUUUUUACUUGAUUUACUAAAUGCUUCAGGACCAGACUCUCUUACUUUGGUUUUUGUUGAAACUAAACGUGGAGCAGAUGCUUUAGAACAGUUUUUAUUUCGAUGCCCAGAAAACUAUCAUGCUACUUCAAUUCAUGGAGACCGUCAUCAAAGAGAAAGAGAGCAGGCUCUUGCUUCCUUUAGAGUGGGUACAACACCUAUUUUAGUGGCUACUGCUGUGGCUGCCAGAGGCUUGGAUAUUCCAAAUGUAAAGCAUGUGAUCAAUUUUGACAUGCCUAGUGAUAUUGAAGAAUAUGUUCAUCGAAUUGGUCGAACUGGUCGUGUUGGACAUACAGGUCUAGCUACUUCUUUUUUUAAUGAUAAAAAUCGCAAUGUUGCUCGCGAUUUAAUGGAUAUUUUGGCUGAGGCUAAACAAGAAAUACCUUCUUGGUUAGAGUCAAUGGGUUAUCAAGCUCAGCAACAUCAAGCUGCUAAAAAGGCACAAAAGACAAAUAGAUAUGGCGGAGGUGGUGGUGGUUUUGGGGGACGCGAUUAUCGGCAGUUUAGUGGAAAUCGUGGUGGGGCAGUUGGUGGUGGAAGUAAUUAUUAUCAGGCUCCUCAACAUGUUGGCAAUCCUUAUCAACCUUCUUACCAGCCUACAUAUAAUCACCAGCCUGCUUACCAACAAAAUAAUUAUCGUGGUACUGGAGGACGUGCUCAUAGCAAUAACAGUGAUGAUUGGUGGGAAAAAUAGUCUAAUGAUUAUUGAGUCGCUAACUAGUUUAAAAGUUAACGAACUCUUGUUUGGUCGAUAUUGUUUUGUUCUUAUAAAGUCCUAGGAGCUGAAAGGUUGUCCGUUCUGCUAAAGAGGGUGAUAUUGGAGAAUUUUAAAAGAGAAUUAGGCAGAAAGAAACUGGACAUUAAAUGUCUGUAUGGAAGUUCUUUUGGUGUUAUAAUGUGUAAUGUUAAAGCUUGAGCUGGUUUAUUCUGCUAUAUAAAAAGGCUGUGUUCUAUAUAUAAAUAAUGACAAGUUAGCGUUAAUGCUUUGCUAUAAAAUGAUAGAUUAAUCUGCUAGUGGAUUAUGAUAUGGCUAAUGUAUAAAUGAAGUUGCUGUUAAAAAUGUUUUAGUUUUGUGUUAAUUUUUUUUUAUAUAGUUAAACAUUUUUGUUAUGUUUGCUAUAAGUGUAGGUUUCUAAAUUAAUAAUUUAUUUAAACAACGUCUUGAUGACGUGAUAGUUGAUUUAGAGGUGAAUAUGACUCUUGUGAUAUCGAAUAUGACACGGGUUAUUCACUCUUAAGAUUACAAAUAGUUAUUUUGUUAGACAAAACUCUAUUCUGUCAUUUUUUAUUUUUCUUAUAAAUUGUUCAGAAUAGAGUAAUUUUUAGUAUUUUACGCAGUAACUUCAUAGGAAACGUAUGUUUUAUAAGAUGUUUUCUCAUCGAUUUCCAAAAUGGAAAUUUAUAAAUAGUCAAAGCAGAUUUUUUUAAAUUAUAUAAAAGCAAUAUAUUUUUCUGUUGAGUUAUAUUUAUGAAACUAGUUUUUAUUAUUUUUCACAUUAUUAUUAAAUUUUUUUUUAAUUCUCAAUAAGAUAAAAAUGAAACGAAAAUAUUUCACACACAACUUUGAAAUAGUCUUGAAAAUUUUUCUAUUUUUUCUUAAAGAGUCUUUUAUACGAAAACUUCUGCGAAGACGAAGUGUGUUUAUUAUAACUAAUAUAUGAACUAGUUUUAUUAGCGAAACAGAUUAUUUAUUUAUUGACACUAAUUUUUUACUCUUUUUUUCUCUGUAUAUAUUUGGUUUGCAAUGUUCGUGCUAAUUUUUCCUUUUCAAAUGCUUUCUGUUUCUAUUUUCUAUUGUCUUUAAUUGUGAAAAUAAGUUUUCUAAACCAUUCUUUUAUGUAUGUUAAAUGGAUUUACCUUAACGCUCCUUUUUCAUGAAAUAAAAAUUAAAGCAAA